UUCCAUCACAAAGACACACUUUAUUUCCUCCACGACACAAACGUGUUCCUCCAACUGUUCAGGAGGAAGAACUAAAUAAAUUAUACCAAACCACACAAAAUAGUUAACACCUCACCCACCACAAAAGCUGCAUAUCUAUUAAAACAAAACAAAAAAACAGAGUGAGUAUCUCACUCACUUUUCGACAACUUUUUACCCCACGUAAACAAAUAAAAAGUGUCUCAUUGACAGUACAAUUAAUUACUUCAUCAAGAAGGCAAAAGAGUGGAACUCUUUUUUUUUCUCAAAAUUCUAUUCAAAAAAUAUAAAACAAACGAACCACAAAUACAAAAAGGAGGAGGUGCCGCUGAAGGAUUUUAAACGCACUAAACCUCGACAGGAUGCCAUUCUUCUAGUAAAUAAGAAGAAAAAAACAUUUCAUGAAAUGAAAUGCCAUUUAGAAAAAUCUGUGAAAAAAGCCAUUCGCUGUCAGUCAGUCAGUCAGUCAUAAUAUUCGACAGGGAGGAAAACAAAGGUGGUGGUACUACUCACCAACCACCACAUUAUUCAUUAAAUUAGCAAUAGCUAAAUCAUCAAGAGGGAAAGCUGCCAACAACAGCAAAACGCGUACAACAAGAAACGUCUGAAAUCUCGCAGCAGCUAUUAUUAACUAACUGACUUGAUAUUAAGACGAGGUGAAGCCAUAAAUAUUGUGGAGGAGACGAAGACCAAGUGAUGAUCUACAAUCUUUUAAAUAAUUCUUAGUUUGCUUGGCUGGUUAAGUGGGUGGGUUGGAUUUUUGGUAUCUUUCGUAUGAUAAAAUUUAAAUCUGCCAUUUAGCCAAGAAACACCAACAAAUUAAGAAAAUAAUGAGAAAGUAUUUAAAACGUAAUAAAAAGAUUGCAUCAAAUUAUUAAAUUAUGUGAAUGAAGAGAAAAAUAAACCUUUUUCGCGUAAAUGUUCCCCCAUAUCGAGGGAUCAACAACUUUCUAGAGUUCUAAGAUAGAAGAAUCGACUAAUGACGAUUUUUGUGUCACAGUUUGUCGUCACGUCAUAGUUGAGAGAGGAGGAAAUAAUGUUUACAAUGUAAAAAAUGUGACAACGGUGUCGAGGGUGGUCAAGUGGUUUCAUGAAUGAACAAAGUUAUGGGAAUUGAUUGACAAGAAAUUAUCAACCUGGUGAAAAUUAUGUAUCGCACUAUUUAUUCGGACACGUCGUCCCCCACACCGGGCCUGACGUCGCCUUCCUGGUAUGGCAAAAAGUCCAGCCCCAUGAGUCGGAAGAAGGCGUUGGAGAAAUGUCAAUGCAUGCGUCUCAAGUAUCUCCACCAUUGGUCAUGGUUUAAAAAAGGCGUCGGAAUUUUACUCGUCGUAGUCUCCAUCGUAAUUCUCAUUUGGAAUGAGAAAAGGGCCGUCGAUAACUCGCGAUCUUAUCACCACGGGCUCCGAGCGAUCCAACCCGUUCCUGGUCCGGAGGUCGUGCUGCCGCACAAUGACGGGAAGCUUAUCCAUGUGACCGGAUAUCUCAGGGUGCUCGAACCCUUGCAGGACUCGCCUUAUGGCGUCGCCAUCUCUGCCGUCAAGUUAAAAAGGAGGGUCCAAAUGUACCAGUGGACGGAGGAGACUGUGAGCCUGGGAGAAGAUUUCAACGCUCCGGUCGGCUCUCUGAAGUACAGACAAGUGUGGAAAGACAAAUUAAGUGAUAGCUCCACAUUUCAAGUUCCGAUUGGUCAUGAAAAUCCAAAAACACUUCCAGUCCAAAGUGAGAUUCGGGUCAACCCGCAUGUCUACCUGGGCGACUACCGGUUGGGGGCAGAGUUGAAGGACAAGUUCAACUCGUUCGUGCAGUUCACGAGUGGGGAGAGGCCACACCCUCAGCAAGAGGUCAAAAUGCACAUGGGGCUCUACCUCCACUCCGCAGACAUUUGGAACCCCUCCGUCGGCGAUGUCCGCGUCCAGUUCUCCUUCGCCGGACCAAGCAAUACUUACGUGAGCAUAAUCGCCAUGCAAGUUGGGGAUGAACUACGGCCUUUCACAACCGAAACUGGGGCGAAGAUCGCUUUCCUGCACGAGGGGAAGCAACACUAUGCCGACAUGUUGCACAAGGAACACUCCUCGACCACCAUGGAGUGCUGGAUGUACCGUUCGGCCGCCUUCGUCGCCACAAUCUUCGGGACAUGCAUGGCUUCCAGAAUUCUCGUAUUUAUUAACCGGAGAAACAGCGUGAUUCGUAACCUCAUGUGGAUGGGACCAAACAAGUUUAGCACGGUGGCAGCCAUCUUCGCCUGUCUCACGAUAACGGGAAUUAUCUGGUUCUCACACAAGCCGUUGAUGGGGUCCCUGCUGGUCACCUUUUCGGUCACCCUCGCCCUCUACUACGCCCUCACAAGGCCGGACGCCCCACGCUCGGCGAAAAUCUCACUCCCCAGAUACUCAAAGGUGUACUAACUAGUUAGGAACUUGGCAUAUGAAUAAAUUAGACUAGAAUUGAAGGACGAAAUUUACAACCCAGGGAUCAAUACUACACUAAAUUGGCUUGGUGGCGAUGCAAUAACAAAUUAUUAGCAGCUUAGUUAUACUUUAAAUAUGAUACGAUUGCAUGGGAGAAAUAAAAAUAUGUUCCUUUCGUGUUAA